GUCCCCGGCGUCUUCCUGUCCCGUCAGGUCCCUGCAGUUGGCUCUGCCCGCCUCCCUCGCAGCAUGUCCGAGACCGCGCCGCCCGCGCCGGCCGCCUCCACUCCCCCCGAGAAGCCCGCGCCGGGCAAGAAGGCCAAGCGACCCGCGAAAGCCGCCGCCGCCAAGAAGAAGCCCGCGGGCCCUUCUGUGUCCGAGCUGAUCGUGCAAGCCGUGUCCUCCUCCAAGGAGCGCAGCGGCGUGUCCCUGGCCGCGCUCAAGAAGGCGCUGGCGGCCGCCGGCUACGACGUGGAGAAGAACAACAGCCGCAUCAAGCUGGGCCUCAAGAGCCUGGUGAGCAAGGGCACCCUGGUGCAGACCAAGGGCACCGGCGCCUCGGGCUCGUUCAAGCUCAACAAGAAGGCCUCCCCUGGGGAGGCCAAGGCCAACCCCACAAAGGUGGCGAAAGCCAAGGUGACGGGCGCCUCUAAGAAGCCCAAAAAGGUCACGGCGGCUGUUAAAAAAGCCGUCAAGACCCCGAAAAAGGCCAAGAAGCCUGCUGUAACCAAGAAGCCCUCCAAGAGUCCCAAGAAGCCCAAGGUCGUGAAGCCUAAGAAAGUAGCCAAGAGCCCUGCCAAAGCCAAGGCUGUGAAGCCCAAAGCGGCCAAGGCGAAGGUGACCAAGCCAAAGACCGCUGCCAAGCCCAAAAAAGCAGCGCCCAAGAAGAAGUAAAGGUUCCAGUUGGAAGCUUCUUCCAAUAACCCAACGGCUCUUUUAAGAGCCACCAACCUACUCCGGGGAAAGAGCUUUAGUACGUGUGCCCUUGGGCUUCGCGGAAUUUCUGCCUUCUUGCCAGGGUCCCCACCAACUUCUGCCCCGUGCUCAGUCCCUUACAGUGGAGUUGUCGCUACGGGGAGCUAGGCCCUAGUACUUGAGACUAGGGUUCUGGGGCUUGAAGGGGCUUCAAGUGGGGCGGUUUGAGAGCCCCUUCCCUAGUACUUCAUUUUACCCGAGGUUCCCGCGCAGUACCAGAAGUACAUGGGGGAACUUGGCGUCCCUGCCACCAAGUUCCACACCCCCAAGCUAGUCCGUCAUCCACGUGAACUAUUUGGGGCGUGACAGCCCCGCCGUGGUCCGGGUUGGAAGCGUGUGCCACGACUACUCGGUUUUCCUGGUUGAGUUCAAAGCAGGGACGUGGUGUGGACAAUAGUGCGAAAGCGGCCUUUUCCAAAAUUGGUUCCCUGGAGAAGGCCUUUCCGGGCAAUCGGUGCAACCUAGGGCUUGGCCACGCCCUCCGCACCCGCGGCACGCCAGCUGGACGUCCUCCGGCAGGACGGGGCAGGACGGAGACGCCCUGGCGUGGAUGGCGCGCAGGCCGGUGUCCUCGAGGAGCCCUAGGAACCCCGCCAGGUAGGCCUUGCACGCCUCCCGCGGCGCCGAGACGCCCGAGCUCUGGAAGCGCAGGUCGUUCUUGCGGGCGCUUGAGCGUGGGGCGAGCUGCGGGCGAGUUUCUGGCCGAGGUCACGACCAAGGGGCUUGGCUGCAAUGGAAUUUGAGAGCCAUAAGCCCAAAAGCCCUCAUCGGGCUUGUCUGUAUUUAGGAAACGAAGCUGCCCUGGCUGGAUUUUGGAAAAGCCACUCUAGCCUAACUACACGGUGUUUUCCUGCGCGCAGGGUUGCCCAUUCUGGCGGUGCUAUAUACCAUAGUAAGUAGUGACCACUUUCUCGCAGAAUUGCCCCUUUGUAAAGGUUUUUCUGAGUUAAUUCUGGGAUUCAGAUGUUAAUCCCGCCUUUCACAUCCGAGGAGAAAACAGUAUGAGCCAGGGUUACUACUUAGCACAGCUCCGUAAAGACUUCUUUUUACGCGUGCCCAUACGAAUUCUUCUGUUUUUCAGAUGAUCUUUUUCCUUUUUGCACUGGCUUGCUGGGCGCCCACUAUCCCGUAGUCGGCCAAACAGGCGCUCCACAUUUGCGCUCCUCCCUCAAAUUGGUUUGUGCUUUCUUUGAACUCUUUUACAAGCACCCGUCCUCCACAGGCAUGACUGUUCAUUUUGGUCUUCGGCCAGGGUUAUUUACAAAACGGUGUUAUUAUAUACGUUGCAACUUUUUUUACCAAAACUUCUCAAAAAUCCCCUUUAGUCAAACCUUUUUUUUAAAGGUCCUUCACGUAACAUAAACUAUUCACCUGUUUCCUAUUGGUAAGCUUUGACACGGUUUCCAUUUACCACUACUGACCCUGGUGCAAGAGUUCCAACACUGAAAUUGCUAGAGUGUAUUUGAUGUCUGGGUUGGUGCUGACCUAUCCUGAAAAUAGCUCCCCUCAUCCAUUCCAGCUGUCAAGGUGUGGUCACAAUUUCUGCCAGUCUAACGGGUAUAAAAUUAUUUCACAUUGUCCUUUUGAUUUGCAUUAUUAUAGUCACUAGUGCAUCCUUCCUUUAGGUUUAUUAGUCAUUUGAAUACGCUUUUCAGAGAAUGUCUACUUGUUCCUUUGCUCACUUUUUUUCAUCGGGCAGUUUGUGUCUCUUGCCCCAUUCUGUUUUUUUAUAUAGGAGAGACAGGAAACUUCUUAUCACCUGUGUUGCAGAUAGUUUUCUAAUUCUGGCAUUGUUUCCCAUAUUUUGUUUAUGAUGUGUUUUCCAUUUAUAUGUAUUCUAUAAAAGGAGAUCUUUCAUAGAAUUUUAUAGAUUUUAUAGAAUCUGGAAUAUUAAAUGUUUUAGUUAGAAGCGUAUCUUUUUCUUUUGUAGCUUCUAGAUUUCCAUUUUGGUUAAGAGACUGAACCCUACCCCACCAUUAUUCAUUCAGCAGCCUAGGUUUUCUUCAAAGAAUUUUUCUUUCUUAAAAAAUAUUUCGUCUCUGAUCCAUCUAGAAUUUUAUGUUGUUCAAGAUAGAAUUGAGUUUACAUUCUUCCAGAUAAUGACCAGUUGUCCUAACACCAUUUAUUAAAUAAUCCGUCCAUUUCUACCACAAAACUGAAAUAUGUCCUUGUUAUUAAAGUAUUAAAUAAUGGGA